GUCACACUCGUGUUCUCUACUUUUCCCUCCCCGACGGAGAAUUAAAGGCGAGUAGAGAAAAUCCCAGUUCUCCUUCCUUUCACUCACUACCUAAAAGAGGAACGAGAGCGAGUAAUAAAAAUCCAUAAAACCCCACAAAAUCCAAGUUUAGGGACAUUUUUAAGGGCAGAAAUAUACACAAUGAAGGGGAAGAAGAAGGCUACUCCGAAUCCAAAUUACAUCGGCUUCAUUGUUGAGGCUGAAGCCAGUGAUACCGGUGAACUCGAUACGCCGUUGCAGCUGCCAGAACAACAACGUGAAGAAAAAGAAGCAGAAGAAGAAGAAGAGGAGGAAGGAGAAGAAGGGGAAGGAGGUGUUGAUGGGGAAGAGAGAGAAGGGGAUGAAGAGGAAGAGCGUCCAAAGCUCGCUGAUGGGUUUUACGAAAUCGAAGCUAUUCGUCGCAGGCGGGUUCGAAAGGGUGAACUUCAGUAUUUGAUCAAAUGGCGGGGCUGGCCAGAAACUGCCAACACCUGGGAGCCAUUAGAGAAUUUGCAGUCAAUUCCUGAUGUUGUUGAAGCUUUCGAAGAGAGCCUGCGAUCAGGUAAAUCUUCUCGAAAACGAAAGCACAAGUAUGGGGGUCCUCAUAGUCAGCCAAAGAAGAAACAGCCACAAUCCUCGGUUUCUGUGUACGAUGUAGCAGAAUUUACAGGUUCAGGUCUUGAAGUAGAGAAUAAUAGGUAUGCCCACAGUGUCAGAACACUUGUGCAAGGUGACGAGAAUGGGUUUACUAGAAUCCAUGGAAGGAAAGAUGAUAAUAAAUAUGAUCUGAAGCUGAGUGAGCUUAAAGGUACAUUAUCUACUAAUGAGGUUAGCACUGAUAACCUCGCAGUACAUUUCCAUGAAGGCAAGGGCCCUGAAGAUGACGGUCCAGCAAAUGAUCUUCCAAAGAUUAAUCAUGGGGAAGCUGUUCAGAGCAAUCAUCGGACUGGAGCUAGGAAGAGGAAAUCUGGUUCUGUCAAGAGAUUUAAGCCAGAUUCUGCCUGUUGUGAACCUGCUUUUGGCCAGUAUUCUUCAUCAAAUGGCUGUGAUGCCCUACUUCCCCCGGUAGGGAUUGAAAAUCCUGACUUAAUCGGAAAUGCUUCAAGUCUAAUGCCCAUAUUUGAUGGUUCUUUUGUUGCAUCGUCUAUUACCAAGAUCAUCAAGCCCAUAGGCUAUUCAGCUUCUGUGUUGGACAAUGUCCAGGACGUAUUGGUAACCUUUUUGGCAUUGAGGUCUGACGGGAAAGAAGUAAUGGUAGAUAACCAAUUUCUCAAGGCUAACAAUCCACUUCUGUUGAUCAACUUCUACGAGCAGCAUCUCAGGUACAAUCCUGCAUCAUGACUUGGUGGAGGAACUUUUUCAGUCUAGCUGAAUCUGCACCGUCUCUCGUUUUUGUAUGUACACAGAGCUAGCCGUCAUUCUGUAGUUCUAAGAGGUAGAGCAGGAUAAUGAGCGCCUUGGCACCUUAGUUCACAUAUUUGCAACCUUUUGAUAUAGUUUAUCCUACAGUCCCCACCGUCUUAGCUUUUUUGUACAAUGAAAUUAUUUGCUACAUAGAGAUGACUAAUCUUUCAGAGUAAAAAAAUUUUUAGUUUGAACUCUCCA